AGGGGCCACUUCUGGCGUCCUGGAGGACUAAAGUGACAUAGAGACGCCCUCCGGAGGACUGAGGGGGUACUUCCGGUGUCCUGGAGGUCCGCGCUACAGAGAUUGCUGCUCGGAGGACAGACGGGGGCGUGGGAGCGCGGCUGAAGAUAAACAGCAGAUGAUGCGGGGGAAAGCAAGCACCGGCACCAGGCAUCCCCAGAGCUGCGAUCCAGCUGUUGGCUCCGGGAGGAGAGAAGGUAAAAAGUGUAAUUCCUAACGAUUUCCGCUGGAUGGCCGCUGAAGUACGGGCAUGAAGCUCUCGGAGGUGAAAAGGUAAAAAGUGUUACCUGCGACUGGAUGGCCGCCCAGGCCGGGGGUGGCCGCCCGCCCUCCCCAGAGCAGACACAGCGCACAGGGGUCAUCGCCAAGCGCCCGUCCCCAGGGAUGACAGACGGCACCGCAGGCAACACAAGGAAAUCAAGUAAAGUAAAGCAAGUAAAGCGCUACAAAAUGCACGCCCAGAACAAGCACAGAGGAACUUUUGGAGCAGCUUGAACUCGAAACAGCCGUAUUUUGUAUAAGGUUAGAUUUUAAAUCCUGCGCCAUGAUCGGUAAAUGACUGAACGGGAAACGCUGACUGAUAAAUACCGAGGCCCACAGAAUAAAGUAGUGAACCGUGAGCACCUUCGUGAGAAACCCUCAACAGCAACCUCUGAACAAAACAAAAUGUAAAUGGCAAACUCCGAACCCUCCGUUUUAAACAAAAACCAACCACACACAUACGAGCAGGAGACUGAUACAGAGGUGCCAUGGAAUGUUUGCUCACAGCUCGAAAUGUUUUGCCCCUCACAAAUCUCAACAGAACAUGCCGACGGACACCAGCACACGUUACAGUUGCUUUUUAGAAGUUGGUUUUAGCCGCCUCACUAACGUGACCAUAGGUGUGAACCAAUCCCAAUCAUUGAACUAAAGUGCACUUCCACCCACUCUACCUGCAGCCCCACAAGAACCAGUUAACCUGCAUUAGGGACAGUAACUUGAUAUUUUUAGUCCUCGCAGCUCCACGGGCAAACGUCCAGAGCCAGUGACAACUGUUACAACCAAUCGGCCUCUUCUUUCUGCCUUCAAACACAGUACCACUGGAUUUGGCGGUCCCAAAGACAAUAUUGAGUAGUACAGUCGUCUGUAUUUCUCAUUAUUGCCGUUUAUCAUUUGUGAUCCUAACUUCACUACUGAAAGAAAACUGUGGGAGUGAGUCCCUGUUGCCCGGAAAGCCUGUAGGACACAUCACUGAUGUUUGUGCCUCCAGUUAUCCAGCUGGCCUUGUGGGUCGGUCAAAUACUGUAGAAAAUAAAAAUCAAUUGUACACAUAAAGUGCACGUUAUUGAUGAGUAGGAGUGAAAAGGUCUUGAUCUUCCGAGAAUAUUUCCACAACUGAAUGAUUUCUGUGGCAUUUGACCCUGAGCUCAGAAAACAUCAUAUAGUCGCUAAAGUUUGUGGGAUGUUUUGCAGCAAACCCCCCAUCAGUGAAAAGCCAGUGAGGUAGCUUCUAGAGCUGUAAGAAAAACAAGUUUUCUCUCCUUAGAUGACAAAGUAUUUUGUUACUAAACACCUAAUGUUGGUGUGACGUUUGUGUAAAUAGUCACAUCUGCAAAAUGUCUGGACUAAGGUGAAGAGCAGCAUUCGUGUUAUAAAAUUGCCGUUGGCGCUUGAAUUCAUUUUCCCUCCCAACUUGUUGUCAUUUGACUGAAAUACUAUUUUAAAGGAGAUAAUGCGCCCCAGAAAUAUUAUGUUCAGAUUGUUAAAUGUUUGUCUUAACAUUUAUUUUUACGGAACAAGUAGAUUCCCAGCCGCUGUAGUUUAGUCUCGCCAAACACUCAGACUUUUCAAACAAAGCUUCAGCAUCUUUGCAGGAGGUGGGCUGGGAGGGUCCGUGGACCACUUUGAAGGACUUAGAAUUUUUUUCACCAGUAGCAGAAAAAUGUUUAGAAACCUACUUUAAGUACUUGCUAGAAGAGAUGUAUGUUUAGAAGCCUGCUUCAAGUACUUAAUAGAAAUGGCUGACUGUAGUCUGAUAGCUUGCCAAAAUGAUCGAAUACUUCCAGGCAAGUGUCGUUUAACCAUGAAAUCGGACAUGACCUAUUGACUGAUCCCCAGCACCAAAAUUAAAAUAUAAUGAUUAGCUUUUUAGAGUUCUCAGUAGAGGAAGUUUAUUUAUCCUAUCCUGUAUUAUCCUGACACUUAGAUCAGUGACACGUUUUUGCAGGGCGCUGAGGAGAAUCAUCUAAAAGAGCAUUAUAGUAUUAGAUCUGCUUCUUACCUCCUGGUGAUUCUAGUGGUGGAGUUAGGCCAGGCCUAACAAGGCCGUAGCCUUGGCCAUCGCACCGCUGACGCUGGCUCCAGGACAGUCUUUGUACACAAAACAAGCAUAUUUCUUUCCCUGUCUUUCCUUUUCUGAAACAAGGUCUCUUUCCCUCCCUUCUCCCCAGCAUUUUUGGCAGGCAUUUCCUAAAGCUUAGAGUGUUUGAAAUGGUGUUCCCCAGUCUACCGUUGGUCUGCAAAAUACACUGUGGCAAUCCAAUAGGCUCAAAAAAAACUCAUGUAGAUUUUAAGCUCUCUUAAGAAGAAUGACUGACAUCUUUAGGAUGUCCAACACUUAGACUGGAAUGAUAAUGACUUGCUCCUAAAAAGAAACACUGAAUUAUAUGGCUGGGGAAAACGGUGUAAAUCAUUUGCCACGUUCAGAGGUGUUUUAAAGAUGUCGGUAUGACAAGUAAGGUGGGAUAAGGAGAAUAAAGGAGAGGUGCAGAAUUGUAGAAUGUAAGGACAGAUACUGUCUCUGAAGAGGGAGUGAGUUUACCGGGGCCAAAAGCACUACCAUUGGGUUUUUACACGAGGAGAGUGGUGCUAAGCCAUUCCAGGAGAACGGAAUGUCUGCAGAAAUCCACAAUGAUGGUAUUUGGGAAGAUUUACCUUCUUGGCUUUGGCAUAGGCAAGUCCAGUGUUUGCUGCUACUGAGAUGUGUAAACUAAAAUACAGUCCAAAAGUUUUCUUUUAUUUUGUUUUUCUGAGGCUGAGAUCGUUCUUAAAACUUGGAAGGGUGAAAACUUGGCGAGGUGAAAGGGAGGAUAAUCUGAAGGCAGUUAGAGCUGCGGAUUUUCCGUUUCUAGCCUUGUUUAAUGAGGUUUUUCACCGGUCAUAGUUAAAUUAUGCUUGGAGCGGCAGCAGACUGAACCACAGAUUGAUUUUCUCCUCCCUCCAUCCCUAGCAAAUAUAAAUUCAAUGGGCAAAGCUUGCACUCUAUCACUUGCUCCCGUAGCAAAAUAAACUGCUUACAACGUGAAACUUGCUCCCACGGAUGGAAGAUGGCAGGAGGUGUAACUUUUGAAUCGGACACCGCGGUUCUUUAAUUUUGCACAUUUUUGUAAAGAAAGGUACGUUCUAUUUUGAAUUUGCCGUUUAUUUUUAAUUUGUUUGUCUUUAAAAAAUAUCGGCCUUGCCUAUUUGUGUAGCAAUUUGCAAAAGUAUUUUCAUGUGUAGUAGGCUGCCCUGGCGUAAAGGUUCCUCUCUAGGCAUCGGUAUCACGGCCCUAAGACUGCAACUUCCAUUUGAUUUCUUAACCCUCCUGUUUUACGGGGUGAAAAUUAAUCCAAAUUGAACAGAAAACACUGUGUUAAACCACCUUUAUCCUAAAAAAAAAUCAGAUUAUUUUGUUUUUAGUAUAACUGAAUUCUAUUGCAUUGUACUGUACGUAAAAAGAAAAGAUCUACUGGUUAUCCCUGCACAUAAAAAAGAAAAAUAUUUUUGUUAGUGUGUACAAUAACAUAAACACAGAAAAUGAAUUUAAAAUCUUGUCCACAAUGUAGUAUCCUGUAACAGAGAAAGAAACAAACAUAGGAAAGAAAGGCGGGAUGUGCGAUUGCACGCAUAUAUUGCCAGUUUAUCUGUACUCAGAUGGUAUUCAUUUCGGAAAAUACCAGUAGAGAAUUUUUGCAUAAAUCAUUUAUUUUUCACAGAAUCGAGGCCAAAGAUAGCAACGUGUGGCACCUCGGCACUCUAUCCUGUAUUUCAAAUGCAGGUAUCGUUGAUGAGAGGAAAGUGGAGUGAUUAUGGUGAUUCUAUUUAUUUGUUUAUUGUUGACAUCUGCAAACAAAAAGCAAUUGUCUGCCCAAAAUUAUACACUUAACCAUUUUCCCUUUAAUUCACAAUGCAAUUUUAGCAAGAUGUUUUAUUCCCUCUCAAGUUCCUUUGCAUAACCGACUUUCACUGCGAAACAGUAAUUGGACAUUACCGUAACUUCAGCUGCGACGUGGGGCUCAGAACAUCCAAAAAGGGGGACUGGGAAAUAUUCCUCUACCUUCAUGAGCGUCCUAAAUGCAAACGUACUGCUCUCACGCUGCUGUCGGAUGAUGGGUCAAACGGAUCGCGCAAUGCUCUUAAGAUCUUACUACAAAUCAGGCAUCUUAGUUUCCACCGAUUUGAUGCAGACGGAGGGUGCUUAACACCUCAUAGCCCUGCGCUUAUCGGGAUGUCUUCUACUGAUAAGACACAGGCGGAUGAUGCACUUCAUCUUGUAGAUGAGAGAGAGUAAUAUGUAGAUUAUCGAUGAGCAGUGGGUCACGUUGCCAUGGUUACAAAGUGAGAUACGAUGGGUUUUCCCACUGUCAUUUUUGUCAUAACGUGUUAAGGACUGCAGCUUUUACAGUGUUUGAUACUUUUUCCUCUCAUACGUUGUAGUGUUAGGAUGGCAGAAUAACCAUGGGAGACUGGAACUUCCUUGGAGGCAUUUUAGAGGAGGUCCACAUUCAUUCCACUAUUAUUGGAAAGAUUUGGUUAACGAUCCUCUUCAUAUUUCGAAUGCUUGUCCUCGGAGUGGCAACUGAGGAUGUUUGGAACGAUGAACAAUCAGAAUUUAUAUGCAAUACCGAGCAGCCGGGUUGCAGAAACGUGUGCUACGACGAGGCCUUUCCCAUCUCUCUCAUAAGAUACUGGGUCUUGCAAGUUAUAUUUGUGUCUUCCCCUUCCUUGGUGUACAUGGGUCAUGCCCUGUACAGACUAAGAGCCUUGGAAAAAGAGAGGCAAAAAAAGAAAGCUCAGGUGAGAGUGGAACUCGAAAGCACUGAAUUAGAAAUGACUGAAAAUCGGAAAAGGCUGGAGAGAGAACUCCGGCAGCUGGAUCAACGAAAGCUCAACAAAGCGCCCCUGAGAGGCUCUUUGCUCUGCACCUACGUGAUACAUAUUUUCACAAGGUCCGCAGUGGAAGUCGGUUUUAUGGUUGGGCAAUAUCUUCUUUAUGGCUUUCAUCUGGAUCCCCUUUAUAAAUGUCAGAGAGAUCCGUGUCCAAACACCGUUGACUGCUUUGUAUCUAGACCCACAGAAAAGACAGUGUUCAUGUUAUUCAUGCAAUCAAUAGCGACUGUAUCAUUGCUUUUAAAUAUCCUAGAAAUUAUCCACCUAGGAUUCCGAAAAAUUAAAAUGGGACUCUGCGGGCAGAAUAAAACCAAGGACGAGCCUGCCAAUUUCUAUGUAAACAAAUCGAAGAAAUACUCUGUGAUCCCGCAUUCUUCUUUGGGAAUAUCCACCACCCCGCAAAAAACUGUUCCUUCUGCACUUAGCAGUUAUACCUUUUUAAUGGAAAAGCAAACUGACGCCGCUGGCUAUCCGGUUCUAAAUCCUCCUCCCACGUUUCAGUCUGUGCAAAAUAACUGUACAGAAAGCAGCAAUAAUUACACCCAUCACAAUCAGGAAAUUAAAUCACCGAAGAAGAGGCCGGCUGCAAAUGCUUUAGACAAUCAGACUCGAAAUACCAGCACAAAUAAUAACGAGGGCUCGUUUGGCAGCCUUGGGACCGAAGUGCGUGAUGCUCAGAAAGAAGGUGAAAAGAAACAUUUCCUUGUUGGUACCCAGAAUGCAGAUAUGGCUUCGAGCACGUGCUUGAGAAGCUCUGCUGAAAUGCCGUCUCAAGCAUCGCUGCAGCCCGAUACAACUUUUCCCGUUGCCGGUUUCAGAAGACAACAUGGAAUCAGUUCGUCUUGGAACUGCUCGGCCGUGGUGGAGAGCGCAGGAUCUUCAACGAAUUCUCUCCCAAAGAACAGCAAGAGAAGACAAAGUGGUUUCAGUGCAAACAAAGCCCAGCCUCCUUACAACGCCGAUGUAAAAAAUUCUAGCCGGCCAGAGACUCCGGAUUCUGCCGGGGAGGUGAGCUCGGAAUCUAAACACAGCAGAAACUGCGACAGUCCUACGCCUUUCUCGCUCUCCCGGCGGCUGUCGCUGGCCAGUGAUGCCAGCAGCAGGCGUGCCCCCACUGACCUGCAGAUAUAGCCCGAGUUAGCCCGCGAACGGCGCUCGUCAGUGCCGGGGUAAUUAAUGUGCACCCGCGUCAGUGCUGGGGUAGUUCAUGAACAUGGCGACACAGGCAAGGCCUCUGUGUAAGAGUAGCCAAAUCGUUCAACCUGAACCAGCUGCUUCUCGUAGACAGAAGAGUUGUGCAGCCCUCGGCAUAUCAGCGAAGUGACUUCUAAAGAGCCGAGGAAAGGCUGGCUUAGACCUCAGCGUAUAAACUUCUGCACUACCCCUAAAAAGGAAAACGUACAUCGUGUAAAUCCACACAUCAGGAAAAAUCAGGCAUAAAAUCUCAGCUGAUACUGUUUAAACUCAAUAAAAGUAGAAGACAAAAUUUACAGUCUAAAUAUAUAUGUUACGAAGGCCGGUAAAUGAAAUUAGGCUAAAUAUGGGAUGGGCGCUCUCAGGAGAAAUUAAUUAUUGGUAAAUGCAUUUCUGCUUAAUCUCUCUGAGGAUUCAAACGGACAUUUGGCAGCUGCUCAAAGCAGAAUGGCAAAGGUGCUCCGCUCUUUGAACUGUGUUAAAUACAAAAAGAACAAAACAUUUGAUACAUGUAUCGCUCAUUCCCUGGCUCUACCCUACGCUUUUUCUUCAGUGUAUCACCACCGACUUCCUCCGAGAGAAAUCAGAGCGAAUCUCUUACCGUACACUAUCACCGUUAAAUACACUAUUGCAUUUUAAAAGCAACACGAAUUACAAAUGAGUCGUGAGCUUUAAUUUUGAGAUUUUGCAUAACGUUAGUAACUACCAAUUAUUAUUCUUAUUUUUUUUAAUCAGAAUACAAGUUACUGAAAAUUUUUAAUCAGAAAUUUUGGAUUUCACAAACUAGGCGGCUUACUAUGCUAAAAAAAAAAAGACAAAAUGAUGGCACCUUCCUACUUUCAGUUACGAUGUCAAGAAAACAUAUAAAAGGUUUAUCAAACUGUAAAACUGCCCCUUUUCUGGAUGCCCUGGGGUCCAUCUAUCCCCUGAAUCCUGACAAACUUUAGAAGGAGCGUUUCCAUCUGUGCUUUUUAUGGGGGUAAUAAAACAAAUAAAGGACAUUCAUCCGCGUGAUGCUCCAGUCCAUAUAGCGUAAGGCAAGUUCCAGGAAACACCUUGAAAUAAUAAAGGAGAGAAAGAUGAACAAAAUUCUACGUUACGUUUGUAAUCAAGACUUCUACGAACGAAAUACAUUUACUUGAGUCGCACAACACCGACAGGCUGCAAACGUGCGGGGAGGUGCUCACCUCUGGGGUGCGUUUGUGCGUACUCCUGUAUUUUUUACCGGAGGACUUGCCUUACUCUACGUGUGCUGGAGAGAUAAUUUGUGAGAUGUAGCGUCACGUUGUUACGACAUCAUUAAACUCUUAACGAGCGUUAUCAUUGCGCUCACAAGCCAGCCGUGUGUCAGAUUGGCUGAAGGCGGUAGAGUAUUAGGAAAAAAAGGAGCCAGAAAACCUAAAAGGCUCUUUUGCUUGCAGCAGCAGCAUUAAUUUGUCCCUGUCCACGUAAGAAAUACACGCUAAUGCUACUAAAACUAUUCGCGGUAGACUUCUCUGCAGCAGCCGCUCUGCUCACCGCUGGUAUCGCUGUGUGUGUACAUAAACACAGCCCCGUGUAAUCCUGCUUACGCUGUAAAAUUUGACAUUGUGUAAUAUCCAGGAAUGUAUAUAAAUGGAUAGCGUGAUUUAUCUGAGUUGAUGCUGCUCCUCUGGCUCCAAUUCUUGCACUUCUCGAUGUGUACGUUUCUGGGGGCGGUAACUGUGCUAACGCGUGUUUUGCAUUUAACGUCUCUAUAAUAAAAAGCCUAUUAUUUAAUGCACUCUG